AUGGCUGCCGGUAGUACCAAAGGUUCUAUUCUCCGCCGGCCUGAUGUUUUGCCGGCGUAUUUGUACGGGCCUGGACAUAACAGCCUUACGUAUGGCCUGGAGCUCGACGACGCCAGCGGGACGCCUUGCCGAUACCAGGACCAGAUCCUCAAGAACGAGAUCAACAGGGCAAACUCCACGGAGGUGCGACAGAAAUUCGCAGAGGCGACUUCGGACACGGUCCGCCAGUGGCUCAACGAGAAAGGAGCAGCGCACGCUGCUGCCGCCUAUCGCUGCAAGUUCAAUGCCAAGAAGCGUCUAUACAGAGAGCAGGAGCUCGUGGUGAGUCGCGACAGCUCUAUCGAAGAGCAGUUGGGAGGCCCUGGAGAGAAGGGCGCGUUCAAUGCGUACGCUGCGCGCACCCAGUACAAGGGUAAGCGGAAGUUCCAAGCACGAUGGAAGGCUCUCUUUGCCCUUCGAACGCUCAUGGAAAGCAAAGGCGACAGGCCGCUUGGGGCCCCUCCCAUCCGUCUGGCCGGAGGAGACAGUGCCUUGUACGAGCAGAUGUUCAGAGCGGAGCCCCGGAAACACGUGUCUCGGCCAACUUUCUUGACGGUGAUGCGAAGGGUGUACGGCUUUCAGACCGCGCCCCUUGCGGGCCACGUCGAUAAGGCUGCCCUCCAGAAGCUCGGCGAGGUGUACAGCACCUUUGAUGCGGACGGAGUAGGCAAGGUGGACUGGAGAUGCAUGGUCUUCAUGCUCAGGGUGACUGUGAACGCACAGUCUACGGUGGAGGAAAAUCUCAAAUGGGGGUUCGCCCUUUAUUCGAGCCCGGGCAGCUUCGACCCUGAGAGCGACGACCCAGUUUCGAUGUCCGACUUCAAGAACCUCGUCAACACCAUGGCCAGAUUCGAGAAGCGGGAAGAGCUGAAUCGAAUUUUGGACGAGGCGUGGGAAGCGGUAGCCUCGGAGGACAAUGAGGCGGGACGCAGGGCGGGGGCCGGGCGGGGGGUUGGGGAGGGGGCCAAGGCACCCAAGCCGUUAGAGAUCACCAUGAGGCUGCUAGGUCUGAUGCUGCAGAAGCGACCCCUGAAGGACUUGCUAAGACCCGCGUCGCGCUUCGGCCUCCGAGACAGAGGGACUUGGACGUACGCGAUAGAGGAGGCGUUUUUCGACCCGCUGCUGCUGGCCUUGAUCAUGCAGAAGCGGAGGGACCAGAGAAACGACGGUGUCACGGCAAUAUUCUUGGGCAACAAGCGUCGGAGAGCCAUUCUAGUGAGAAUUGCAAUGUGGAAGCGCUUGGUCAGGCGAAGGAAGCACUGCGCCAGGCUCAUGGCGAGCAUCGGGGGGAGGUUCUUCAAGGGAAACAGCUCCUCCGCCUUCCGAGCCAUCCAGCGGCGUGCGAUCGCGUGCAAGGCGUGCGAAACUAUCCAAAGAGUGUACAGAGGGUACCUCGCGAGACUAGUGGCGGGGUUUCUUCGUGUGCUGGUGCGGAGGGUCAUCGCAGCUCAGGAGUACUUCGACCGAGAGAUGGCCGUCAUCGACGCUGAAGUGGAGAGGGUGGAGUACCGCAGCCGGCAGAAGGCGGCCAGCAAGCUGCAGAGGCUGUGGAGAGCCAGGAGAGAGCGAAGACGACGGGAGGCUGAGAAACUAAGGAUGAUAAAGAUUCAUGAGGUGGAGGCUGAGAUGCAACAGCUGCUGAGCCGCGAAGCAAGGGAGGCAGAGGUCUACAAGCGGGAGCUGAUGGCGUGGUUCAAGGAGCAGAAGAAGGAGCAGGAGCAGUCCACCAUGCUCGAGGAGCACACUGCUAAAGAAAAGUUUAAGGCCGCCGCCGAACGGUUUGAGGAGCAACGCGUGGAGCAGUGGCAGAUAGAGUGGGCAGAGAAGGGAGAGACGAGGGCCAUCGCCCACCGCAAGAUGCUCGAGGCUGUCCUCGCACAUCCUGACAACGAGCCGGAGAAGGCUCUCCAGAAGACUCUCAAGGCGGAAAUCGAGGCGCAGAAAAAGGUUGUGCUGAAGAUGGCCGACGACGCGGAGGCUGAUCUUGAGGCCCCCGAGGCCUUGGACAUCGCCAAGGAAGACAUCUUGCUGUCCAAGAUGGACCAAGAGAGAGAGCGAGUGAACCAAGAGAUGAAGGCGGCAGCGGCCAAGUUCCUGGCGGAAGAGGCGAGGGUCAAGGCGGACAAGGAGGAGAAGAUGACGAAGUUCAGGGGUUCAGCCUGUGAUGCCGCGGCAAGGACAAUACAGCAGAUGUACUACGUCUUCAGUGCUACACGCAUCACCCAGAAGAGGGCGAAGGAGGUCUACACCAAGCACUUCGACUCCGAAAACCUGGCCUUCUACUGGCACAACACGCUCAUUGACACCUAUCUGUGGAAGAAGCCAACUGGACUCGGGGGCUGGGACGUUGACCCUGAAGACCGAGAGUGCGAUCUUCAGUUCAGCACGCGGUGGUGCAACCGAGACUCGAAGCCGUUCUGCGAUACCUGCUACGACGCGCGGCACUUCUCGAAGGAAAACCCGUCUACAGGGCCCAACCCCGUAACCCCUACAAUAUCCAAGGUUAACAUCCUCGCAAAGGCUGCUGAUUUCAAACCAUCCACCACCAUCGGGCGCCGGCAAGCGCUUAGCACUAAGCACAUUUUGCUUGAUUCGGCGCGUACAAAUGUGCAGCCGUUGUCGUACAAGACACUGGACGGUGCAGUGCCCGGCUCGAAAGAACUCGUGGACUUGGACUACAUCUCCGAGCAGCCCGACAUUGCGGUAGAGACGUGGGAGCAACAGCCAAGCUCCUUAGCCAUCGAGGGACAUCCGGUUGUGCCGAUACCGGAGGCGCCGAAAGCAUCGGCUCUCGACGAUGCCGGUGCUGCCGGUGGUGAUGGCGGCAGUCAGUACGCGGUACAGCAGCAUGCUACCGGGGCAAGCGACAUCGUGGGGUUCGGGCGUUCGGACGACGAACCAUCUGGAGUGCUACAGCCGGCUGGUGUGCGCGACGAGGCUGACGGGGGCACAGGCGAAUCAGAGAUGGAGGAGUACCUGGAUUCCCAGCAGACCUUUACAUACGACAAUCCGUCAGAAGGUAUCUCAAACGCAGAGCAAAUAGUAGACGUCGGUGGGAAUGACAACAGCUUCAAUACCCCAAAUGGGGCCCUCGCAGAGGGAAGUGAUAACAACACCCGAGGUGUUGUUGACGGAUCGAGCGAUGUCGCGUGGGAAAAAAAGAAAGGCGCCGAAGCCAGCGCAAGCGGCGUCGGUGCAGCGAGUAUCGCUCCAGAAACUUGGGGGUGGGCAACGCCAGGUUCAGCAUGGUCGGACGACGGCGGCCGUGUAGAAAGCGCCAGCAGUGGAGAAUUCCAUGACGGGGUGACGGACUGCCCGGCGACAGGACCACUUCCCGCGGGCCUCCAAGAGAAGGACACGACGAACAACGUUAGUGUUGGACCGGAGGAGGGCGAGGCUGCUUCGAUUGCUGGAAUAGAGGGAUUGAUGAAAGCAGAGGCCAGCGAGUAUGAUCCCUCCACGCCGUCGUAUGGGUUGGACAAGUAG